AUAGUCCGAGAAACUUUUCAAUACAAACUGCAGAUUACACCAUCAACAAUCUUUCCAUUUUUAGCUUUAUUUUUCAGUUUACUUAAAAUUAUACAAUAUGGAAUGUAGAUAUAUUUCAAAGACCAUUGUACUCAACCGCUACAGAAGCAAAUAACAUAAAGAAAUAGAAAAGGUUGAUCUAACUAUAAAUUACAACAUAAAUGGUAGUGGAGGAACCAUAAUUUCACAAGCAAAAUCAUGUUACCAUAUACUAUUCUGUGUAUACAAUACUAAUGGGUCAAAUAAGGACUUUUAUAUGAAUCGUUGAAAAAAUAAACUAUGUAAGGAAUAUCAACGAUGAACCUACAAGCUAAAAACUACAAUAUCAAUACUGAAAAAAGGAUGCAUAGUUUGCAACAACAGAUGGAGAUAGUCCGAGAAACUUUCAAUAUAAAAAUGCAGAUUACAUCAUCAACAAUAUUUCCAUUUUUAGGUCUAUUUUUCAGGUUAUUUAAAAUACUAAACAACAAAACAAUUAUUGAAAAAGCAAAACCCCACUUGAUUAAUGAGCAUCCAAUAUUAGAUCACAAAAAUUACGAAACGCUCACAUUUGGAAGGUCUAAAAAUCUGGGAUUAUAUGUUGUCCUGCUAUUUACCAUAAUGCUAAUGUAACAGAAACAGCUUGGAAAAAUAAACCUUAUAAAGAAGAAAAACUCGACUUAACCAUAAACUGCAAUAUUAAUGCUGAAGAAAAAGACAACUUGGAAGCAAACUAUAAUAGGAAAAGAUGACAAUCAAUCAUGUUUUCCCAAAAACAGAUGGAAAAUGCAAUCUAUAUCAUCUGCAUUUUCUCCAUUUUCAGGUUCUCUUUCAGUAAAAUUAAAAUUACAAAACAAAAGACACAACAGAAAGAAAAUCCACUUAAAUAGUGUUUACGCAUUAUAUAGCAAACCAUAUAUCUAUACAAUUACAGAAUGGAUACUAAUGUCUGAAACAUCUGACAUGACAUGAUGGAAAAUGAAAUCAUAUGAAAAAGGGAUAUGAUCUACCUAGAUAAUUUUUGCAAUAUGAAUACUGGAAGAAGAAUAACUUAGGAAACAUAGUCUAAUGAGAACAAUAAUAAACACUGGCAUCAUUUUUUGCGAAAAUAGAUGGAAAAUACAAUUUUCCGUUACCAUUUUUUCAGUAUACUUGAAAUUAUAGAACAAGGAACAAAAAAAUCAAUGAAUAAAUAACAAACAAGAGAGCGAAGUAACUUAGAUGAUACAUUAAAGUUUGAUAUAUAUUAUUCAUAGUCGUUUUGUAUUUGUUUUCAAUUUUUGAAUAAUCAGAUUUUACGUUUAAUUUUUGUGCGUCUACAGUUUCAUUUUUUUUCUUUUUGUAAUAAGUAAUUUAUCAUUUUAUUGAAACUGAAAGACGGGUGGAAGGAGGGUGGGACUCGACUUGCAGCUACCUCCGCGCGAUCACUGUUUUAAUUAUUUCUGUUUAAUGAUGAUAAAUGUUGAAAAUGUUGAUGUGAAUUCUACUUGCAACCUGUUCAGAAGUAGAAAUUGUCACGCCACUAUGGACGAUCUCUCUACAAGAAAUCAACAAAUAUUCCUCGCAGUCCCUGUCCGCUGUAUUGAUAAUAAACUAUAGAUAAAGGAUAACUUUAAAAGCAAACUUUAAUGAAAACUAAAGGCAGUCAGGCAUUUAAUAUCUUCACGCUGAUGUUAGAUCCUAGCGAAUUAUACUUCGACGAUGAUAGAAAAUGCAUUCAAAAAUAUCAAUUAAACCAGAUACUAGACACCAGAUACCAGACACCAGAUACCAGAUACCAGAUACCAGAUACCAGACACCAGAUACCAGACAUCAGAUACCAGAAACCAGAUACCAGAUACGAGAUACCAGAUACCAGAUACCAGACACCAGACACCAGAUACCAGAUACCAGACACCAGAUACCAGAUAUCAGACAUCAGAUACCAGACACCAGAAACCAGAUACCAGAUACGAGAUACCAGAUACCAGAUACCAGACACCAGACACCAGAUACCAGAUACCAAACACCAGAUACGAGAUACCAGAUACCAGAUACCAGCCACCAGAAACCAGAUACCAGAUAAAGAGAUAACAGAUACCAAAUACCAGAUACCAGACACCAGAUACCAGAUACCAGAUACCAGACACCAGACACCAGAUACCAGACAUCAGAUACCAGACACCAGAUACCAGAUACCAGAUACCAGAUGCCAGACACCGGAUACCAGAUACCAGACAUCAGAUACCAGACACCAGAUACCAGAUACCAGAUACCAGACACCGGAUACCGGAUACCAGACAUCAGAUACCAGACACCAGAAACCAGAUACCAGAUACCAGAUACGAGAUACCAGAUACCAGCCACCAGAAACCAGAUACCAGAUAAAGAGAUAA